AUGCCGUCGAUCGACCUGCUCGUCUUCUCGUCGAACGGCGCCCGGGGCGCACUCCAGCGUGGGCUGACCAGGGCCACCUGGCUCGACGCCUGGGUCGGCGGCGGCGGGCGCGGCGCGGGAAGCGGCCGCCGCAUUGCUCUCUUUGCAUUGUGCGGCGCAGAGGCGGAGCGCCUGACGCCGCUGCGAGAGGGCCGCGGCGGCGGCGCGGUGGGCUCGGAGGAGGCGCCUCGGCUCGGUCUCCUCCACCUCACCUGCACCGACGGCUACCGGCACCUCCUCCUCAAAACUCUGCACGCGCUGCGCUGGCUGCUCCGCCGCAGGCCUCCGUCCCUCGGCCCGCCGGCGAGGCUCAUCUUCAAGACGGACGAGGACACGUACCUGUGCGUGGGCUCGCUCGGCGCCACCCUCUCGACCCUCCCCCAGCUCUACUCCCUCUACCUCGGCACCUUUUCCGACCACACCAAGCUGCGGUUCCGUCGGACCGAGCGGUGGCGCGACACGCAGCACUUCGCGCUGUUCAACUUCUCGUCGUACCCGCCGUACGCGCAGGGGGCGCUGUACGGCCUCUCGAGCGACCUCGCCGCCGCCGCGCUCCACAUCGGCGAGUCGCCGCCCCUCUCCCUCCUCUCCUUGCCGCUCGACAAAAUGCGAGGGCCGCGGCGGAUCCCGCAACCGGCGCGCCUCGCGGCGUCUGCGCGCGGCCGGGUCGCCUUUGUAUCGCUGCCGGUGCGCGUGUACUUGUCGGUCGACGCGUACGGCGGCGACCGCCGGCAGUCGGGGCUGCUGCGCGUCAACAACGAGACCGUCGCGCGCGCCGAGAACUCUGCAGCCUGCCGCAUGGCUGCGAGCUGGAAGCUGGUCGGGGUGCACAAGCUGCGGCCCCUCGAGGCGCUCUCCUGCGCGCGAGCGAGCUGCGCCGCGUGCGGCUGCUCGGCCGAUCCGGACCCGCCCGGUGCGUUUGAGCGGCUCGCCAGGGAGUGGGACCAUGCAAGGUGA